GCCACUAUUAUGUUCACAUUCAUUAUAUUAAACAAUUAAAUUUUAAUUCAACAUUCUUAUUUUCUCCUUCCCCCUUCUCCCCCAGGUAUGUCACACAAGCCCCAAAUUUCUAAAAUAGUGACCAAUUGAGACUGGAAGCACAGUAAAACCUUUUUUUUCCCCUUCUAAAUACUUUUUUUAAACACUCAAUGCAGCAAGAUUCUCGUCAUCAUUAUAAACCAGACCCUUAUAGAGCUGUUCGAAAACCUCCUAGUCCAGAUGGUUAUUAUGAAUCUCCAAGCUUAGGUUCAGAACAGUUUCACUCGAGGUCAGCCUCAGAAAGCAGCACCACUCGUUUAUCAACAGCGCCUAAUGCUGAUAUAUAUAAUAAUGAUUAUUAUCAACAAGACCCAUAUGCGCCAAGACUUGAACAAAAAACAAAGAAAAAGAAGAGAACUCAGCAGCAACACCAGCAACAAUUAAAUAACAACAAUAAUAAUAAUGAUCCCGUCGCCGGCGGAAAAAGAGCUAAUUCUUACUUACCUUACUCAAAUCAUAAAAGAGACCCUUAUGGUCCUGCCGAAUCAAUUCAUCUACAAGAAGAAGACAGCUUACCAAGUUUUAAUGCACCAAAUCGCAAUACAGGUCGUGGUCCAGUUGGAUCAAUCUUGCAAGAUAAUAUUGUGAUGGACACAAUCAAUGACGAUUACUACGACGAGGAUAUGAAGUCAGAGAUCAAACCAGACCAAAUUAUACCUCCACCCAUCAAAAAGAGUUGGUGGGUUCGGCUGGGUAUCAGUGGUAAAAAGCUUGUCUUUACUGUAUUCGGCUUAUUGGGAAUUACAAUUUUAAUAUGGUAUUUUGUCUGGCCGAGGACUCCUACAUUAACAUUUUUGGAUGCUGGAUUAAAAUCAGGUGGUAAAUAUACCGAAACCUCCAUGGAGGCUGUCUGGACUGUAAAUUUCACUGUGAAUAAUCGUGAUAAUUGGAUACCGACAAAUAUAAAUAAUUUCGCCGUCCAAGUAUUGGAUGGUUCCACUGGCGAAGUAUUUGGUUCUGGGAACUCAAAUCACCUCAUGCUAACUCCAAGAACAAUUGACCAAAUUAUACCUAUUGAUAUCAAUAUCAAUUUCACUCGACAAACUGAUAAUCCAACAUUGGUCAACCUGAGAUACUCUUGUACCGUCAUUAAUAGAGACCAAGGUAUAUCUAAUCCGAAGCAAACAUUAGAUAUCGAGUUUAGAAUUGUAUAUUAUAUUGCUGGUAUAUCCUGGCAUGCGGUUUCUACAUUUAGUCCUCUUUCAUAUUUUCAAUGUCCAAUGCCACCUUCAUAAUUCAUGUAAUACAUUCAUUAAAUUGUAUUCCCCGCCCAUACUACUAUCAUUUGUCGCAAUUUAUUGUCAUCAUAAUAAAAAACAAUUGAAGUGAUUGUCUGUCCUUUAAGCAGUCAACUGUACCAUCUAGCGUCACUUACUUUCACCACUCAAACAAGCUUCUAUAAAAGCCAUCCUAGAAAGAAAAUUACCCGUUACCAAGAUCAUGACACAUUUUAGAAAAAAAAAAUACUACAUUGAAAUUCAGACUUCAUAUGAGUCUAGUUAUGAC